CACAUGUUCCACUUAUAAUUGUUUUACCCAUAAACCCUUGUUUCCUUUCCAGACAGAGAUCGAAGUUGGCUUGUAAUGUAUUCUCUGAUGCUACACGGAAGAAGAUCUUUGGAGUUGUUGCACAAGUGUAUGCGUCGUCUGAGAGUCGCAGUGAACCCUUUGCAAAAUGCGUACUCCUCCGCUAGUGCUGCUCAAGAUGGUGGAAAAGGGAAGAUUUUUACAGUCUCUUACAUGGUUGACUCACUUGGUUUCACUACAAAACUCGCAGAAUCAAUCUGGAGGAAAGUCAGCUCCGACUCCGAGAGCAAGGUCAACCCUGAUUCCGUUCUGAAUCUUCUUAAAAGUUAUAGUUUCACAGAUUCUCAGAUCUCCAGCAUCGUCACGAGCAACCCUCAACUGCUUAGAGAAGAUUCUGAGAAAUCUUUGGCUCCCAAGUUUCAGUUUUUAGAGUCGAGAGGAGCUUCAACCUCUGAGCUCACUGCGAUUCUUUCGAAAGUUCCCAAGAUCUUGAGAAUCAAAAAGGACAAAGCUUUCAGUAGAUACUAUGAUUUCGCCAAAGAGGUUAUAGAAGCCGACAAGAGUUUCAAGAAGGUACCUCCUGAAUCUUGUCUGAGAGAGGGUAGUAGACAGGAGAACAAACUCAGAAACAUAUUGGUUUUGAGAGAUUUGGGUGUGCCUCAGAAGCUUUUAUUCUCUCUGCUAGUCUCCAACUUCCAGACCGUUACUGGGAAAGAGAGAUUCGAAGAAACCCUCAAGAAGGUGCUUGAGAUGGACUUUGAUCCAACCACUUCUAAGUUCGUCCAAGCCCUCAACGCUGUUUACCAAUUGAGCGACAAAACAACUCAAGAGAAAGUCGAUGUUUUCUGCACAAGGUUAGGCUUCUCUGCGGAACACGUGUGGGAAGUUUUCAAGAAGUAUCCAAACCUUCUGAAGGUGUCGGAGAACAAAAUACUGAACUUCAUUGAAACGCUUCUAGGCCUAGGAUUCACCAGAGAUGAGGUAAUGGUGAUGGUCAAGUGCUUUCCGCGGUGCAUUACUCAUUCUACAACGGUGGUGAAGGAGAAGGUUGAGUUUGUGGUGAAGCAUAUGAAUUGGCCAGUUAAAGCUGUGUCUUUGUUUCCUCGGGUGGUUGGAUACAGCAUGGACAAGAGGAUUGUGCCUAGGUGUAACGUGAUCAAAGCUCUCAUGUCUAAAGGUUUGCUUGGAACUGGUGAAUUACCACCUCCUAUGGGUUAUGUCUUCAUUUGUUCCGAUGAGGUGUUUUUGAAAAGGUAUGUGAUGAAACACGAUGAUAAGCAGCUUGUGACUGAGUUGUUGGCUAUCUUCACGAAAGAUAAUGUUUAAAUAGACUAUGACAGUAGCAGGAAAAGAUUAGAGGUUUUCAUUAAGUUUUUGCAGUCUCAGUUUGAUCCGGAUCCAACUCGUUUAUACAUCUGACUUGGAAAAAAAACUUUAUAUGACGAUGCGUAAGAUAUGGUUUAUAGAUAAUUGCAACUAAGAACAACAAGUAGUGUGAGCUCUUUCAUGGUUC